AUGCCACAAAUAAAUGUUUCAGCUAAGUUAGAAGAAUUCCAAUGGAUCCAGGGCGAUUUGGAGCCAAGUCGCCAAAGUUUUCCAGAUGGUAAUCAUUUGCAAUAUCAAAACUUGUCUCCGGUACAGUUAUUUGAGAUGUUCACUGAUGACGAAGUUCUGUCUAUGUUGAUUGAGGAAACCUCUAGAUAUGCCUUGUUCAAGAACUGCCCUGAUCCACGUGUGACUACUGAAAAGAUGAAAUGCUAUAUUGGAAUACUCAUUCUUACUGGGUAUAACGAUUUACCAGGAAAGAGGUUUUAUUGGGACUCGGACAGCUAUAUGAGAAACGAACUCGUAUACAAUUCAAUGCGUAGAAAUCGUUUCUUGCAAAUUUCCCGAUUUAUUAAUUUUGCUGAUGAUAACCAUCCAGAUUUAUCAGACAAAAUUUGGAAAAUGCGUCCCCUAAUGGACAAAAUAAAAAGUAAAUUUUUGGCUCAUUUUGAACCUGAAAAGCACUUAUGCUAUGACGAAAGUAUGAUAAAAUAUUUCGGAAAGCAUAGCUGUAAGCAAUUCAUAAGGGCUACAAAAUGUGGUGCCUCAAUACCAGUUCUGGGUACCUUGUUAACUUUGAAAUGUACCAAGGAAACAAUCCCCGCCGUUCUCCGGAAUACGAGAAAUUAUUCGGAAAAGCGUCAGCUCCAAUGGUAA